CAAUUCGGACACCUAUCUCACCCAACGAAAUUAUCAGUACAUUUCCACAGUGAAAUUAGAUCCGAAAGAUCUAUCUUCCUUCAUCUUAUCUUAAGAUUUCCCAAUUUCUGUAGAAACCCUAGCCUGAAUCCUAUAUUCCCCCAAAUUCUCCCCUCCCUUCGUUGACUAGCAAAUGGCUACCGAGGAACCAACCGUAGCGGUUGACUACACACCCGAACCGGCGGAAGACAAGCCCGAGGAGACCAAAGCCGGAACGAAAUCUGGCAGAGCAAAGAAAGCUAAAGAACCCAAAGCCAAGAAAGCAGCAGCUCCUAAGAAACCACGAGCUUCUCCUUCGCAUCCUCCUUACGAAGAGAUGAUCAAAGAUGCAAUCGUUACUAUGAAGGAGAAGACAGGUUCAAGUCAGUACGCUAUUACUAAAUUCAUCGAAGAGAAACAAAAGCAGCUUCCUGGAACUUUUAAGAAGCUUCUGCUUUUCCAUUUGAAGAAGCUUGUGGCUGCUGGGAAGUUGGUGAAGGUUAAAAAUUCGUUUAAACUUCCGUCGGCUAGGUCUUCGAAGCCGUCUACAACUGCUUCUGCUCCGGCCAAGAAGAAGCCGGCUGCUACAAAGUCAAAGUCUAAACCUGCUUCAAAAUCCAAGGAAGGGAAGACUACAAAAGCGGCUUCUAAAGCUCCUGCAAAGACCAAAUCUGCUUCUAAGACAAAGACUAAAGCGGCGGCUAAACCAAAGCCUGCUUCUAAGGCUAAGUCUACUAAAACAAAGACAAAGGCGGUGGCUACUCUCAAGCCAAAGACUACUGCAGCUGCCAAGUCAAAAGCUGUAGCCAAGCCUAAGCCCAAGCCUAAGGAGAAGCCGGCUAAGGCUGCCAGGACUUCAACACGGACGACCCCUGGGAAGAAGGCGGCUGCGCCUAAGCCAGCUCCGAAGAAAGCUCCUGCGCCUAAGAAAGCUCCGGCGAAGAGCGUAAAGCCGAAGAGCGUCAAGUCACCGGCGAAGAAAGCCACGUCGAAGAGAGGAAAGAAAUGAGAAAUAAAGGAGAGGAGAGAGGCUAGUCAAUGUAGGGGUAGUUUUGUAAAUUCGAGUGAAGUUUAGUGGGUGUAUUUCGAUCCGUAUAUAUACCCAUGAAAAUAUGACAUCGGAUCUUAAUCUUUCUUUUUUAAACUCUUCUUUGAGUUUUCUAUAUGUUUUUUGAAGUUAAAUUCCUAAUUUCAUUAGGGAUUGUUAAAACAGCUUUUAGAUGUAAUUUUCAGUUUUCUGGAUUAUGAGAUGAAUUUUUUCUGCGUACUGCAAGUUUCGACCAUCUAUUA